GUUGGGGUACUCGUCGUCACCAAAGUCUUGAAUUUCCCUGGCUUUUUCAACCCAUGGAUUCCACACAACUGCAUCGAUAACAAGAUUUGUUGCCCAGUUGAUGACUCUACACAAGGACGGCAAUAGGAGCGUGAAAAAAGUAACCGCCAAAUGUAUUUGCGCCCGCAACCAUUUUCCCUUUUUGUUUCUGGGUUGGUUAUCUGAUGUGGUGGUGGCCGGCCACGUAUCUUUAUUUUUUUGUCGACCAACAAAAAACAACCAAACGACAUUAUUCGAGGUGCGGGUUGGAAACCGGUGGCGAUCCGAGCGCCACCGCCACAAAAAAACACAACAAACCAUAAAUAAGGAAAAAAAUAAGGCGGGCUACUAUUUUACAACUGACAACUACUACACCAACCCCACCACUAAGAUGAAGAAAAAAAAACCAGUCUCGAAAACCAAACCGAUCCGAAAGUCGACACAAAAAAUAACCCAAACAAUUUCAACAUUUCAACUGUCAAAUUCUACCGAAUUGCUUAACUUUUGGUUUAAUUCUAGGCCGAUUGGUAUAGGGAAAUGUUGCAAGUGGUUAACUGACCGUGUAAAUUGAUUGUGCACGUGGUGUUAUUGCCGCGAUCGAGGACGACGACGCUAGUGGGCGCGGCGGCCAUGUUACUACUACCACUGCCACUGCCGCUCGAGUACAUGGCGCAACUGACGUGCCGGCGCGGCUCCACCACCUCCUUUUAUAACCUCCGCAUCUCUCCAUCCCCCUCUAUCUCCCAUAGGUUUUUUUCUUCUUUUUCCUGAUAAUGUCAUUUUCUCUCUUUUCUGAUUAGUCGUUGGCCAUUUGGGGAUGGCUAAUGCGAUUGAUGGUCGAUUCAUUUCGAUUUGUUUCUCUGAUUGAUUUGUUGCCCAUCGACCAACGUUUCAAACGACAAUUAGGACAAGUUGUUUUGACAACCGCUAGAUGGCGAAACACGUCGGAUGACCCGCAAAAAGAUUAAACUGGACAGAAAAAAUUCGAUCUUGAAACUUUUGGAAUGUUUUAUAAUUAAAAAGAAUAAAAAGUGUGUCCGUCUUUGGCAGUAGAGGAGAGCCGCGGAUGAAUAAAUAAAUCGGCCAAACGGCAAGAGUGAGAGACACACGGGCGAGCCCGGUCGAUCGAAGAAUUGUGUUCCGGUGCGGGUGGGGAGGUGCAAGUAUUUGCGCUUGCGCUGGCCCAGUCGAAAAAUGUUUCCCGUUUUUUUCUUUUUUUCUUCUUCUUCUGCCCCGGUCGAGAGUUUGCCGAGUUGGUCGGUCGCCCGUCUCGUCGAUCCAGUGGCCGGUUUCCUCUGCUGCAACACUUUUGUGUCGAGUCGUCACAGUUUUGGGAUCGCCCAGGAGCCAAGGGCCGCAAAAAACAGACACCCCCCACCAAAGAAGAAGAAAAGAAAAAGGGUGGCCAUUGUGUGUGUGUAUGUUGUGUGUGUGUGUGUGUGUGCAUGUGAGUGUGUGUGGAUAUUCCAAGGAGAAGAAGAAGAAGGAAGUUUGGGCGACAUUUCCGGCCUCUUCUUCUUCAGUGUGGAAUCAAAACGUCAAUUCAAGUUGUUUCCCCCCCCCAGCCACUUUUGAUAUCCACUGGGUUAUUUCUUUAUUUGUUUCAAUCCGAUCGUGAUUUUAUUCAAAGAAGGAAAUUGAUGGUCGACUUGAUGUACUACCCCGUCCAAUCGUGAAAAACUUGACAAACACAAGAGGAAAGGGGAGCGUCAAAGGGCCAACCUGGAAAUGUUGAAAUUCAGUAGCAAAAGUGACGUCAACGCCGAGUGCAAGUGCAUCGUGCGGCUAUUGGACGAUUCCGAAGUCAUCGAAUGCGACAUUCAGCCUCGGUGCAAGGCCCAGUACCUGUUGGAUUACGUCUGCGAGCAGCUGGAUGUGCUGGAAAAGGAUUACUUUGGUCUUCGUUACGUCGAUCACCACAAGCAAAGGAAAUGGUUCGAUUUCACCAAAUCAGUGGCCAAUCAAGUCAGAGACGCUCACAAUUUGGUGCUUUGCUUCCGGGUCAAGUUCUACCCGCCGGAUCCGAUGCGACUUCAAGAAGCCACUCGCUACCAAUUGUACCUGCAGUUGAAACGGGACCUCCAGCACGGGCGACUCUACAGUCCCGGCCCGGGUCACGACUUGGCAUUUCUCGCUGCUCUUUGCCUUCAGGAGGAAUUGGGUGACUACGAUCCUGAACGCCAUCUGCCCGGCUACGUCUCUGAAAUGAAUUUGGUGCUAAACCAGUCGGAGAAACUGGAAAAUCAGGUGGAAGAAUUCCAUUCGGGACGGGUCGGCGCACUGGUCGGCAUUUCCGCCUCGCAGGCCGUCAACGCCUUUCUCAAAAAAGCCGCAACACUCGACACUUAUGGCGUCGAUCCUCACCCAGUCAAAGAUCCGAGAGGAGCUCGGCUUUACAUCGGGACGAAUCACAGCGGAGUGGCCACCUUCUACAACGGACGUCGGACUCAUCACUUCCGCUGGAUCGACAUUUCCAAGCUCAACUACGAAGGCAAAAUGUUUAUCAUCCAUCUCAUCAUCAUGGAGGAUGCCAGAACCAAGAAGAAACACACGGUGGGAUUCAAAUGCGCCACUUCGUCGGCCUGUCGCCAUUUGUGGCGCUACUCGGUGGAGCAGCGCAUCUUUUUCACGUUCACGUCGUCGGCGGAAAUUCCAGCUGUCGUCACGGGCGGCAGUUUCUUCUCGCGCGGAUCCAAAGUUCGUUAUUCCGGUCGGGUGGAACGCGAGCUGGCCCUGGAGGAGGUGGCCCUGCUGGCCGCAGCGGCCGCCUCCAACCAGGAGCACCCUGACGGAGUAGGAGGUGGUGAGGGCCAUCCAGGAGCUGACGGGACCUCGUCGUCGUCCGGGGCGACGGGCGGCAGACGCCAUCGAUCGGCGGCUUACGCCUCACGACGCUCGGCUUCUGAGCCAAUCCGCGGCGACGACUUCGACGACGACUACGAGGACGACUGUGAGGAGGAGGAGACGGACGACUUUUCCUUCGAUCGCCACCGCUCCGGCGAACGCAACACUCCCAAUGGAUCGAGGCGGAGUAGAAAUCACGACGACUCGUUGCCAAGGCAACGCCAUCACCCCCACGAUCAAGACGUUGGACCUGAAGGACACGACAGUUACGAGGCGUCGUCGUGCGGGAGCGGAGCCAGUCAGGACGACCGCUCGGAUGUGGCCAGUUGGGUGGCGCUGGACCUGCGGGGAUUGCCCCGUCACCACCUGCAACACCAACAGCACCACCAGCACCACCACCACAACAGCAGCAGCAACGGCUACGACACGCUGACGAUCGACUCGGAUUUCUACGGUUACGCCGGCAGCACGACGGGCAGCACGGCCGCCGAUCCGUCCAACAACAGCUGGUCCCUCCAUCCCUCCGACACUCAGGAUCCUCAUCACUGGCGUGAACGGGACCAUUCCGGCAGUCGCCACUCGGCCUCGCCAGCUCAUUACUCUUCUUCUUCGUCGAGGUACAAGGACGAACCGUCGGACGGCUGGUUGGAUUCGGUGCCCCGACAGCGACGACGACGAGAGCUCAAACUGUCGGAGCAGGUCCUUAGGGCCGCCAUUCCUCUACUACCCCCUGGUGGAGGAUCGCUCAUCCCGGCCGGUCCGUCGCCCGUCGGAGCGGCCGGCAACGCGUUGAAGCGCCACAUCCAACCGGCACAGCACCCCUGUAAAAUGUGGACCAAACGGUUCCUGCUGCUGGGCACGAGCCUCUUCACGGCAUUUUCCUUCAUGGCCCUCACGCUGAUCCUCGUCUACGAAACGGAUUUCCACUGGGCCAUUCAUUUGCGUCACUGGCCCGAAAUGGUUUUCAUCCAGCGACAUUUGUACAUUCCAUUGCGUAAUCUGUUCCCCAUCGGAUCCUCCUCCUCCUCAUCAUCACCGUAAAAAACCGUUGGACGAAAGAUAAGAAAAGUGGAACAUUUUGAAUUUCCUAUCACAGCACUCGACAAAUCAAAUUUUCUUUUUUCUUUUUUAUAAAUUGGUAACUUCGGCGUGACACCUGGCGGCCGAAAUAACAAUCACUUUCAUCAAUUUUAUUUUUGAUUUUUCAAAACAAAAAAAAAGCUUUUUUCCACAUUUUAAUAAUUCUAAAUAAUAAUAAUAAUACUCGUCAAAAAAAUCUCUGGUUGUUAUUGCUCAUAAAAAUUCCUUCUCAUUUCCAUCAAAAGAAAAAAAAACUUGUCCACUGCUACAAUCGACCCAGCUCACAUCACGUCUGUCUCUUAUAUAAUUGAAUUAUCUUAUAUUGAAAAAAAACCAACAAAAAAAACAAGCUUCUCUCAAAAUCAUUUCAAAAACUAAAAUGUCUUUCAAUUCUAGAACAAUUCAUCACACGUUAUAAUUAUGUCCGUUCAUUCCGUGUCAUUUGUUGAUUUCCUUAAACUGCGUUUUAUCCUUUUUAUUUUUCCUCCUCCUCCAUGCUUCGUAUACGAGACAGAAAAGUUCAACAAAUACACCACUCGUUCAAACAUUA